UAAUUAAUGAUUAGAAAUAAAGACUGGGUACUCGUAUGCCUUUUCUCAUUUCAGAAAAGAAAAAUGAAAUCCACAAUGUUCUUUACAUGUCUGAUGUUAAUCAGUUUCCUAAAGUUAGCAAUAUCUCAAGAAUGCAUGACACCGACUCAAGUGGCAGGGACGUGUAUCGAUAUUAAAAACUGCCAGCCUCUGCUAGAAUUGCUGCGAAGAGAAGGUGCAAAAGCGGCUGAUUUCGCAAAGAAAUUCAUCUGCCGUAUUGAGGGCAAGAAUCCGAUCGUUUGUUGUCCAGGCAAGUCGGGAGGCUCGACGGAACGAAAUUUAUACGGACCUCUGCUUCCACCUCAGUGCGGUUUCAGUAAUGUCUUUCGCCCGAGGAUAGUCGGUGGAAUGCCAGCGAAACUCAACGCAUUGCCUUGGAUGGCUGCACUAGGAUUUAAAAAAACUCCAACUUCUGAAUUGGAAUGGAAUUGCGGUGGUUCUCUCAUAUCGGCCAGACACGUAUUAACCGCUGCCCAUUGCGCGGAACGUAACGACCUUGUCGUUGUUCGCCUCGGGGACUUGGAUCUGAAGAGAGACGACGAUGGAGCACAUCCCAUUGACUUGAGAUUCGAGAAAAAGAUCAUUCAUUCUGAAUACAACAAGAGUAUGCAUAUAAACGAUGUUGCUAUCCUGAGACUGGAGCGUGAUGUACAAUUCACGUAUAAUAUACAUCCCAUUUGUCUUCCUGUGGGGAAAAUUGCAGAGCGUGACUUCGUAAACACUAGGCCUUUCCUUGCAGGAUGGGGUACUAUUUAUUUAAAUGGACCACAGAGCGAUGUACUUAAAGAAGUACAAAUACCAGUAGUUACCACCCAAACUUGCGCCGCGGCUUUUUCUGCAUUCACAAGUUCAAUCAUCGUUGAUGAUCGGUUGAUAUGCACACGUGGAAACGGUGGGAGAGGUGUUUGCAAGGGUGACAGUGGUGGUCCGGUGAUGUUACCGAUAAAUAGAUGGUUUUAUGAAAUUGGAGUAAUAUCUGCUGGUUUUAAAUGCGCCGAGCCCGGAUUUCCUGGAAUUAAUAGCAGGCAUCUGAACAUAUCAGAAAUCUCUGUAAAAAAUCUCCACGGGAAUACAGUCGGAAAUCAUAGUGUGAAUACUCCAUUAGGACGGCAGCAGAUGCAAGGAGCAAGGUGCGAGCAGAUGAACAAAUUCCUGAAAGCUAGCUGUCACUUGUGCGGAUCCAGAUCAAGAGUAGAUGGUUAG